UCCACCGACGUGAACCCGCACGUAGCUGUCAGUAGGAAAUGCAGGCGGCGGGUGUUGGAUGUUCGCCUGUCGUCGCGCUUGGAUAAAAAUUAAACAAAGGAAGUCGUUUCCUCUGCGGGAUGAAACCCGUUACUUCACGGGGUUGCGUGAAUCGGACGGUUGCAGCGAGUCUGCAUGUGUGACCGAGGUGAAGGGACGUUCGGGAGACGGCUAACGGCUCGGCUAGGCUAAUCGGCGCUAAUGCUAACAGCAACACAAGCCCCGAAACCAGCUAACCUAGCUUAGCUUGUAAGCUAGCACGCUACGCUACGCUCUCCGAUCGCGGGACUUCUUUUUUCUUCUUCUGCUCAUCCAGGUCCUCGUCCCGUUCAGCGGUUCCUGUCCGCCGAUCUCGCUCUUUUGUGUCGUUGUUGUUUUCUUUUUCUUUCUCUUUUCCAAUUUCACGGAGGAGGCUGCGGAACCGGAGCUGUGGCGGGGGGACGUGCGGACGGGAACCUCCUGGCUGCCCAGGCGGACGGAUCACAGUGACACACGCCGGGUCGUGGGGGGGAAAAAGUGACCAGAGAGAGUGGAAUCAUGGCUGAACUCUCCACCUUAUCCGCAUCACCUCCUGCGCUGGGGGAUCCUCACGUGUCUCCCUCCGUCCCUUCGUCCUCGGCAGCGCUGCCUGUUCCCACCAGCUCUGCUCCGGAGUUUAAACCUAAGUCGGCCCUCUACAACGACAAAGCUUUGACUGGAAACACUCCUGCAGCGCAGUCGGGGCGAUCACCCUCGACUCCCCGCCCACCCUUGAGUCCUCCGCAAAUCACUGCUUACACCCCCCUCCCUUCAUUGGUACACGAGGCUACUCUACAGGGAGAGGAAUCGACAGGCAACGAUGGAGACGCUGGAGCUCAUGUCAUUGAGCAGGAGACAAUGUCCAGUGACCCGGCUGCUGCGGAGAACCUGAAUACUGAAACGGGGCCACCAGCGCUAUCAAGUGAGCCAUCAGCUCAGAGUGAAGAGCCAAAGGCCUCCCCGUCUCCUGACCUCAAUCCCGGCCCUAACCUCUACCCCAACGUGCAUGUCACCCACAGCCCAAACCCUGUCAUGGAAGGUGGUCAGUUUACAGCAGGCCAACCCCAAACCGCUGCAGAUUCCAACCCCGCACCUGCUCCUCCAGCAUCCACCAAUACUGCAGCAUCAGAAAAAACUGAAGAGGAGAAACCGCAGCCGCCUCAACAAGCACAAAACCCUGAAAAUCAGCUUCCCCCUCUGUCAACAAAGCCCGACGCCCCCAGCGAAGCAGGGAAAGCAGAGCUGCCCAGCACCCCCGCCAGGAGCGAGCUGCCCAGCCCUCCUGCCAUAGGCGAAUACCCCAGCCCUUCUCUCCCACUGCACAACCCCAGCCCCCGUCAGGCCCCUGACACCCUCAGCUACCUGGAGUCAGCCAGCCUCAUGUCGGGGACGUUGGAGUCGCUCUCCGGCCUGGGAGAGGACGGGAGCUCGUUGGGCUCGGACUCGGAAGUCAACGGCAUGACUUUCAGGCGGACUGACAAAUAUGGCUUCCUGGGUGGGAAUCAGUACAGUGACAGCGGAGAAAAGGAAGUCCGAGUUGAAGUUGCCAGACAGAGGGAGAUGAAAUGGAUUGAUAUGUUCAACAACUGGGAUAAGUGGAUCAAACAUCGCUUCCCGAAGGUGAAGUUGCGCUGCAGGAAGGGCAUCCCAUCCUCUCUCCGAUCCAAAGCCUGGCAGCUGCUGUCAAACAGCCAAGAUCUCCUAGACGCCAACAGAGGGAAAUUUGAGGAGCUGGAGAGGGAGCAGGGUGAGGCCAAAUGGUUGGACAUUAUCGAGAAGGACCUGCACAGACAGUUCCCCUUCCAUGAGAUGUUUGCUGCCCGUGGUGGCCAUGGGCAACAGGAUCUGUAUCGGAUCCUGAAGGCCUACACCAUCUACCGGCCCGAUGAGGGAUACUGCCAGGCCCAGGCGCCCGUGGCUGCUGUGCUGCUCAUGCAUAUGCCUGCUGAGCAAGCUUUUUGGUGCCUCGUCCAGAUAUGCGAGAAAUUUCUCCCUGGCUACUACAGCGCCGGGCUGGAAGCGAUCCAGCUGGACGGCGAGAUCUUCUUCUCCCUGCUGCGGCGCACGUGUCCGAUGGCGUACCGUCACCUGAAGAAGUUCAAGAUCGACCCGAUCCUCUACAUGACCGAGUGGUUCAUGUGCAUCUUCUCGCGCACGCUGCCGUGGGCGUGUGUGCUGCGUGUGUGGGACAUGUUCUUCUGCGAAGGAGUGAAGAUCGUGUUCCGUGUGGGCCUGGUGCUGCUCAAAGAAAUGCUCGGCUCCGUGGACAAACUUCGAGAGCUGCAGGGCAUGUAUGAAACCAUGGAGCGUCUGAGGAACAUUUCCCCUGAGAGUGUCAGAGAGGACAUAAUGGUACAGGAGAUCAUCAUGAUCCCGGUGACGGAGGCGCUCAUCGAGCGGGAGUGCAGUGUCCAGGUGAGGAAGUGGCGGGAGUCCAGGGGCGAGCUGACGCACCAGCCGGGCCGCCGCCUCCACGGUACGAGAGCGAUCUACGAGUACAAGCGACGGGCCGCCUCCAUCAGUUCCGGCGGCAGCUUCUCCUUCCUGGGGAGCCCGAUCCCUCCGCCGGGACCGCUCAGGGCCUCGUCCAGCCUCCUCUCGCUCCCGGGCUUCCGCAAGUCCAGGGUUCCUUUCCACUCCCAGACCAAGAAGGGUUCCUUCUCAGGGCCCUCUGGGAUGGCGGGCCUGCCGCCUCAGGCGCCGCCCGCAGUAACAUCGAGUCCCGGUCGAGGCCCCAGCUCUAAACCCCCCAUUCCCCGGGGAGCUGGUCAGAGGGCACCAGCAGCUCAGGCUCAGAGCCCCUUAGUUGGGAGCGCGGCUGGCCCACCACACGAGCCGGCUCCGCCCUCAGACGGCAACACAACAGAGGGGCAGCUCGCAGCUUCGGCCCCGGCACAAAGCACAUCGCCACCCAACACUCUGUCCCCCUCCCCUAAGAACGUCUCUGAGAAAAUAACCCAGACUCUCCCGUCACCUACUGCGAACAACGCCCCCCUGACCCCGUGUCCCGAUUCCGAAAAAGAAGCGGUGCCGACCGCCGAUGCCACGACUGGAGAGGAAGACGGCAAGAAGAAGAAGAGGAGCAAAGAAGACAAGAAGAAGGAGAAGGAAGACGAGAGGAAAAAACUGAAGGAGAAGAAGGAAAAGGAAAAGGCAGAGAAGGAGAGGCUCCGGAGGGAGAAAGAGAGGCUGGAAAAAGAGAAGAAGAAAGGGGGGAAGAAAAAGGACAAGGGGGGAGGAGAGGCCGAGGACAAGAACGGAGCUGCAGCGGCGGCGGUGAGGGAUUUGGCCUAGUUUUCCUCCCUGUCAUUCCAGGAUAAUGAAAAAGGGACGAUGGACAAAAAGAGAGAGGUCACGGGGAAGAAAAGACCCCCAGAAUACAGGAAUGAUUAAUAUGAGGAGAAAAAAAAAUGGGAUGGCUUCCUGUACAACGCAUCAUUUCAAAGACUUAACGUAGUCGCAGGACUAUGGUGGAGUAAACUGGACAGUGGUUUUAAAAGCACCUUUUGCUCAACGUUUCCUUCUUUCACCGUGUUUAAUUAAGAUGGGGACAAAUUUCCUUUUUUUCCUUCUUUUUCAACUGGAGCAUCGGCUGUGAAAAUCUGAAUCGUUUUUCAGAAGAUUCACUGCAAUUUUCUCUUAAGUUUUUAAAAAAGAUAAUUUUUUUCCCCCGCCUUUUUUGUUCUUUUAAUCCGAUCGAUGGCAGUUUGGUUUGAGAGACGUCGGCACGUCAGAAGCGCGUGUUCCGCAGAAAUAUAGUUAUGGUGCCAUAGAAUAAUGUAAAUAACACGUCUACCUACAGUGCAUAGGAUGUUGUUAGCACUCCACAAGCCCCCGUCUGUUCUCUCCUCCUGUGGACAGGUUAUAUCUACAUGACUGGAAAAAAAAAAAAAAACAAAGCAGAAGAAAACCCCUGGAAGUCGUGUGUCAAACCCCGGCACCGAAGACAGAAAUGCUUGUAACGUUGUUGAGGAUUUGUAUUUAUUGUCAUUGUUCAAUGUCGUGAGUGUGUGUGUGUGCCUUAGUAGUGUAGUGAAACGUGUUGCUUGUUCUACGUGUGGCCUCCCUCUGCCUGCUUUUUUAUUUUAAUUUUUUUUAUCUCAUCGUUUGGAUCCUCCGCGUGGUUCUUUUUCCCCAAAAAAUAUCUCUGACUUCCCCCUUUUGUCUGGAGUCAAUCUGACCGGUGAGAGGGAGAUCAUUUUAAAAAAAGUCACACCCAGACGCCGUGUACUGUAGUGCAAGAUAUUUAUAUCAAUAUGUCACGUUUGUGUUUUUGGACAUCUGAGAAAAAAACACAACAGGGAGAUUCAGCGUUUUAAUUCCAAGCCCCCAGUUUAAAAAAAUUGUCUUGUGUCUGAGGUGCAGAUUUCUUUUUGCAAAGAAAAAGCAGGUCCAACAUUAUCAACAAAAACAAGCAUGCAAUAUUCCGCAGUGACGAACACACAAGUCUCUGCAGAGCAACAUGUCCAUCUUUGAAAUUAGUAUUAUGUGUUUAUUCAGCCAAAUUUCAGUAUGGGAGGGAGGAGAGGAGGUGAAGAACUCAUUAUUAGAAUGUGAUUAUGAGUAUUUUAAAGAGAAUGAAGGAUGAUCUUUGCACUUGUGAUCGUAUCACAAAGCACCACUGAAGUCGUCCGCUCCGUUAACGCGCGGCCGGUGACGCAGAAACGCGGAAGAGUCUCGACGGGGGCCGUGACCUCGACGACCUCAUAGGAAGCCAGUUGACGGGAGGUGCCGGGUGUGGUGCCAAUGUAGCAUUAACCUCUGAUCUUUUGACCUCUGAUGGGCUCUCAUGUAUUUAUGUACAAAGCAGGUUAAUUUAAUCAAAUAUAGUAUAUUAUGAAUUAUUAUUAUUAUUAUUAUUAUUUUGGAUCUGAGUAUUUUUCUAUGUGUGUGUAAGAGACACCUGGCUGACUGGAAACGAUGGCGUAGGCGUAGUUGUGUGUUAGUGUUCAACUUCUCGUUUGCUCUCGCACGCCGAGUCCUCGCGCUUUCACGCGUCGAACUGGAACGCACGUCUUCUGCCGUUGAUGUUGUUGUUUUUUUUGUUGAGUUUUUAUGGUUUUUUUCCGGUCACUGUUGGUUUCACGAGUCUCCGGCUACUGAAGUGCAGUAUUAAAACAGACUUGAGUUGAAGGAGGGGGGUAAGCGGACAGAACAAACGACGAGCCGAGCGACGCCGACGGAACAUUUGGGAGUCGAAGGUCUUAAUGUAAAAAUAUACUAAAGAGGUGUGAUUUUUGAUUUUGGACUACUUCUUUCGAUUGGAAGAUCUUUAAUAAGUCUUUCUCUGUCUCACCGAGUCGUGUCGUAAAACAUUCGUAACGAACUACGGAACUAAUAACUCCCUUAAAAAACUUAUUUACACUCGGUGUCCUGUACUGUAACAUAUUUAUGCAUCAUACAAUGAAACAAUGGCACUGAAACCCCCGUCAGUAUAUGAAGAAUAGUGCCGGGUAGUUAGUGUAAAAAAAACUAAAACAUAAAACAAACAUCGAUGCUCUUUAACUGUACUGUUUUUUCGUAGUUAAGGAAUUAGAGGGACUUUCGUGUAACUGUAGCCAACAUGUCCCCCUGUCGUCACUUAUUUCAUUUAUAGAUAUUAAUAUCCCACAACCCUGAGUCAGCGAGGGAUAACCUGAACACAUCUAUGCAAACCUUUCCUCCAUCUUGGCUGUCGAUUGUUUUUUUGGUGACAGCAGCACUGAUUUCACCUCGGAUUGUGACGAUCAGCAGGAAAAAGAGGAGUUUGGUGUUCUUAUUUAUUGGAGCACACUUUCAGGCCCACGGACGACGACGCUCUCGGAGCGAUAGCGUCCUCGCAGCUCACGUCCUGAUGACGAUAUCAUUUCCCGUGGAAUCGGCACUUAGCUCUGCAAUAUGGAGUACGGAUCAAACAAAAUCACAUUUCUAUCAGGUCCCUCUGCACUGAUCCUCAAAAUGGUCUUUAUUACAUUAGAUUGGGAACGAGCCGACUGAUGCAAAUAUUGAAAGAAGCAUUUCAGCUGUAGUUACUUUUUUUUCGAUUCCUCCCGAUGUCGUUGCGUCUUCUGUGUUUUUAAGUUUACAUGAUGUCACUCUGGCGGAAGUGAAAUAAAAUCCUAGCUAAUUGAAUUCAUUCCUUCAGAUCUACAACUGAUGUAUUUAAUUGAUGAUGAUGAUAAUGACAUUUGUGAUGAGUAAUAAACCAUAAUAUAUUAAA